ACAUCUGCCAGCGAGAAGCGAGCGACUCCGUGCCAGUGGAAUAGAUAGAUUCGCGCUGCCCUUUAAGUUUCCUUACACGACCAGACGCAUAAAAUUGAACUCCGGCCAGAAUGGCAGCGACAUUGCGAAGAUUCAAUGGCUUGAGAUUGCUAAAAUCUACGCCAGCUUUGAAUCUGCAACAGGCCAAGAACCUGUCCUCCGCUUCAAGCUGGGCAAGCAACAACAAAAAGCUGAUCGGUGCCAUCGGCGCUGUUACCGGCGGCGUUGGUGCUCUGUUGUUUGCUCUGGAGCAAUCGGUGGAGGCUUCUGGCACUGAAGUGCACGCACCCGCUCAGCCCUGGUCCCAUAGGGGUCUGUUCUCCUCGCUGGAUCACCAGAGCAUUCGUCGCGGCUAUGAGGUGUACAAGCAGGUGUGCUCUGCUUGCCACUCGAUGCAAUAUAUUGCCUACCGCAAUCUGGUUGGCGUCAGCCAUACCGAAGAACAGGCCAAGGCCGAGGCAGAGCAGAUCACGGUGAGAGACGGUCCCGAUGAUACCGGCAACUACUUUGACCGUCCCGGCAAGCUGUCGGACUACUUCCCAUCGCCGUAUCCCAAUGAGGAAGCGGCCCGUGCUGCCAACAACGGUGCUUAUCCACCAGAUUUGAGCUACAUCGUUUCGGCGCGCAAGGGUGGCGAGGAUUACAUCUUUUCGCUACUGACUGGCUACCAUGAUGCGCCAGCUGGCGUCGUGCUACGCGAGGGUCAGUACUUCAAUCCGUACUUCCCUGGCGGUGCCAUAUCCAUGGCCCAGGUCUUGUACAAUGAGGUAAUUGAGUAUGAGGAUGGCACACCACCAACACAAAGUCAAUUGGCCAAGGAUGUGGCCACGUUCCUCAAGUGGACAUCGGAGCCGGAGCAUGAUGAGCGCAAGCAGCUGCUGAUUAAGGUGAUUGGCAUUCUUGGCUUCCUGACUGCCAUCUCGUAUUACAUUAAGCGGCACAAGUGGUCCGCGCUCAAGUCCCGAAAGAUCGUCUUUGUGCCCAAGGAGAAGUAGAGAAUUGUUUGAAUUUGAUUUGGCGUGAAGAACUGCAGUGUUAAUGCGACUUUAUCGACUAAUAAAAAAUAAAUCAAGUUUAAGCAUAAACCCAAAAAAAUAUGUCCGUUCACACACACACACACACACAGAAAACACAAACACAAAGUUCAAUUAAAGAAAUUAUAGUAACAGCUAACAAUAAAAAAAAAACAUGCCAGAACAGAGUAAACAAAUACCAAAAUUCCUAGAAUAACGAAUGGAUGAAGAUCAAAGGACAUCAAAGAUAAUGCGGGAAGUUCAACGAAAGCAAAGAGCCUAGACAAAAUGAAUCAUGGAAACUAUUACAUGUAUUGUGUAUAAAUCUUAAAUUCAAAUUAUGUAUUUAAAUAAACAAUUGAAAACAUAAAA